AUGGCGCCGGAAUUUUGGUGGCUUAAAUAUAGAAAGAAAAAUUUGAAACCACGUUACCGUCUGACAACUGAGAUGCUGAUCAGAAAAAGUCUUAGGGAGACCUUCAAGGAAUACAUCAGUUGUUCUUCAAUUUCUGGCGUGAGGCAUCUUAUUUCUCCGGAAGAACCUAUAAUGGCACGACUAUGUAUGUUUGUCAUGCUGUGCUGCCUCUUCUCCACCGUACAGUACUAUUUGUACCACACCUGGUCGUCAACACUGUCAAACCCACUGGUGGUGUCUGGAGAAUCAUUUACUUACCCCAUCAAGGACAUCGACUUCCCAGCAGUGGCUCUUUGCAAUACCAACCGGAUCAGCAGAAAAGCACUGAAGAAAAAGGCUUCGGAAAUGUAUCCGAAAUUGAGUAAACUACACAAUAAUUUAACCCUUAAUAAAUUGGAGCGAAUCCUGCAACUUACGGGGCAACUGAUUAAUUUUGAAAAGAAGCCGUCUAACUAUUUUGAAAGUAAAUUAAUUGACGAAUACGAUAAGGUAUUCGGUUCUGAAACUGUGGAUAUUAUGAAGGCGUUAGCGCCAAGCUGUGAUGAAAUGCUCCUCAGAUGUUUGUGGGGAGGCAAGUCAGUGAAUUGCAGCAGUAUCUUCCAAGUUCGGAGAACUAUGCUGGGUCAUUGCUGUGCAUUCAAUUAUGUACUGGAAUAUGGCGCUGCCGAUAGGCCUAAAGGCACGAUAGGUACUGUAAAGAGACAAAUAGUGCCCGGUUUGAUGAACGGACUGAGAGUGAUAAUUGACGCCAUGAUUGAUGACUACGCAUACCCGCUUCAUCAGUAUCGACAAGGAUUUGACGUUCUUGUAUUUAAUUCAUAUCAUUUCGCUGAUACGACUGGUGGGAGAGUACUGCAGCGCACAAUUCAACCUAGUCAAGCUGAGUACUAUCUUUUAUCGUCAAUCAAACAAGUGGCCGCAGCGGAAGUUCGCAAAUACCCUAUAAAAACAAGACAGUGCCUAUUUCAUAGAGAUUUACCUCAGAUGUACAACAAUUUUUAUUCGUAUAGUAGUUGCAUAACCAUCUGUCGAAUUCAAACAGUAGAAACUCUGUGCAAAUGUACCCCGUACUUUCUGCCAAGUAGUUCUGGAUUACCAACAUGUACACUGAAGAAUUUAAAUUGUUUGCACAAAUAUAAAGGUCUCUGGUCCGAAAGUGGCUAG